AUGCUUGAACUGAAUUCGCCACCUCACAAAUUGGCAGCAUGGGAUUUGGAUUUGCACUUUGUGCAGAAGGCGUUAGAUGGGUGCUCAAUAUCCCCUAAGAUGUCAUUCGGAUGGAGAAGACUAGUCGACAUAGGCGGAACUGAAUGGAUUGGGAAGAGUCCGAUUGAGUAG